AUGAUUCUGUUGCAGUCGCAUUCUAGAAUUCUCAUCGAGACCUUGUCGAACCGGGUCCAGAAUCUUGACAAGGCGGUUGAGCUCGAUUACAACUGGGUUGAAUUCGGAGAUAUUCGGUACCAUGUUCAGGUGUCAGCAAAGAACCCCAACGUUCUGCUUCUGUCUGUGUCGCUGCCUGUCCCACCUCCAGAAACCGUGUUCGUGGGGGGACUCCCUUAUGGAGCCAUAGAAGCUGUCAAAUCCGCGUAUGGGUCGGUUGUACAGAUUCUUGACCCUCCCAGGGACGGCUUUAACCUCACUUUGAAAAUCAAUUUGGCUAAACUCCCUACUGAUGAAGAGCGCAAGCAAGCUCUUUUGAUGAAGAUCGCAUCUGUGAGGGAAGUCGUACUAGGUGCUCCACUGAGUGUUGUUCUGAAACAUCUUUUGUCAAGGACUGUUGCUCCUGGUUUAGAUGGGCUUCUGGCCCUUGUUCAUCGCCCUAAUGAGUCAUUUUUCCUUUUUCCUCAGGCUGAAAGGGUGACGGUGGUAUAUCCUAUGAGAUUCAGCGACUCUGUAGAUACUACAUAUGCAGCUUCCUUCCUACAGGAAUUUGUGGAAACAAGGCGUACUGCUGGACUUACUAGUGCCCCUGUGUGUUCCUGGUCUCCUGACCCUCCCCCUGAAUUGAAAGAAGCUUCUGCUGAACCAUUAUCUGCAAAUGCUGGAUUUGUAUCCUUUGUUAUUUAUCCCCGUCAUGUGGAGGGCGGCAAGCUGGACCGGACAGUAUGGAAUCUGUCAACAUUUUAUGCAUAUGUUAGUUAUCAUGUUAAGUGCACAGAGGCUUUCAUGCAUACUCGAAUGCGGAGGCGUGUGGAGGGUAUGAUACAGGCCCUGGAUCAAGCAAAACCAGAGUCGGAGGAGAAAACAAAAUCUCCGAACAAUCGAUCCUUGAAAAGGCUGAGCAUCAAAGAAGGCCGAACAAAUUCAAAGUCGUAA